CGUAAAGUUGCUUUUGCUUUAACUUCAGAUUACACCGACAGGGACGCUAUUCCUCAUGGUGUGCGAGCGGCUUGUAGCCUCCCCUAGAGAGCGCCCAGACGACCCCAUGGACGGCCGAAGCCACACAGCAAGCGACGACUCUGACCUCGAAGAAGAAAUGAUGCGCGUCAAUGUAUUCGACUACGAGUGGAGGCGUCAGAUGCACGUGGGUGACCAGGUGGACGCCCAGAACGUCUUUGGCAAUUGGUGUCCAGCCAGAGUCCUGCAGAUCGCAGACGGGGAAGUGUUGCUACAAUUCCUCAAUAUGCACGAGUCAUGGCACCAAUGGUUGCAGAUGGAUUCUGGUCGACUGGCACAGUCAGGCAUCAAGGCUCGGAAUGACAGUGCACCGAUUCGACAGGCCCAGCAGAUUGAAGUGCGUCCUGGUGGAGGCAAUAGUAGCUUGUGGAAGGAGGCGCUCGCAGUGAGAGCAGGUGGUGGAUCGGUAUUGGUGAGAUAUCCUGGACGCGACCAGAAGUUCGACGAGUGGAUUCAAUUCACGCCUGCAAAGGUGGCGCCGGCUGGAGAGCACUUGCAACUCCGUGGACGUGGGAGUACGCUUGAACAGAGAAAACUGGCUGUGGACGCGCCGAACGCGACACAUCGACGGGUCAUUCAAGCGCAGAAUCCGAGAUUCACGCACUACCGUGACUCGCUCCAGGCUACGCUUGGGUUGACGAUUCAUGACAUUGAAGGCGAUGGCAAUUGUCUUUUCCGAUCCGUGAGUCAUCAAGUGUAUGGUGAUGAUAGUCAUCAUGCUCUUGUACGUGCGGCGUGUAUGGAUUACAUGGAGAGUGAGAAGGAAUACUUUGAACCUUAUGUGGUGGGCGACAUGGCAGCAUUCAUGCGGUACUUGCGCUACAAACGACGUGAUGGGGUGUGGGGAGACGACCCGGAGUUGCAAGCUUUAUGCGAGCUCUACGACCGUCCUGCUGAAGUGUUUGCUUACGACCCUCAACAAGGCUUCCGAAAGCUUCGAUGCUUUCACGAGAACAGUGCCCUUGCUCGCACUAGACCUCCCAUUCGGUUGAGUUACUACGGAGGAGGUCACUAUGAUUCUCUUGUAGGCCCAGAUCAUCAAGCAAAUUUGAUUCGAGAGAGACCGGGUCAAUGGGAGCAGCGUCAUAUCGGAUACUCCCACCGUAUCAACUCGCGUGAAACACGUAACGAUGUUUCCGGAGUGGAGCAGGAAGUGCAGGCCCAAUCAGACCGUGAACGCACAGAAGUUGAGCAGCUCGAACAAGUCCUCGUGCAAUCUCGAAACGAGUUCGACGCCAUGGACAAAAGUUUGGAAGAGACGUUAAAACUAUCACUAGCAGAGUAUGGAGAAGCUUCGCCGGCACAGGCUCAUCGAGAGCGUGAAGAGAUCGAAGAAGCUACACGAGAAAGUGAAAUGGCAGCAAUCCAAGCGGAGCUGCUGGCCAAGGCAAAAGCAGAGUCAGAAGAAGAGCAGAUGAAGUCUGCAAUUCAAGCGUCUUUAGGUGACCACGCAGUCGAUUUCGACGCUCAAAUAUCUGCAGCGAUUCAGGCGUCUCUGGGAGAUGUUGGAGCAAGCGUUCCAGCAGCAAGUGGAGCCGCUGACUAUGACGAACAGUUACGUCGAGCAAUGGAAUUGUCAGCUCAAGAUUAUGCACCGCCGCAGGACUUCGGUCUGUACGGCAAUGAAUCAACCAACACAGACGAAAUGGAUGAGCUUCAACGCGCAAUCCAAGCCUCGCUGGAGAGAUCCUGAGAACAGCAAAGUGCAGUUUUGAGCAAGCCGGACAUCGUGCAGAGAGUACUCACGUAUACUCUAGAAUGGAUUCAAUACAACGCAUCGCACUACUCACUCACCCGCACCGACGACACGACGCCUUAACUGCUUCGAAGUAGUAAUCUGUUGU